UCCUGGUCACUGGAGAUGUUACGAAAGUUGAGGGCCAUUGAAAUCCAUCAGGACGACAAAUUUGCCAAUAUCAUGGGCGUGAUGGGGGAGUUUGGCACAUUCCAGCAGAGGCUGGUGGCGCUAACCUUCAUCCCCAACCUCCUGUUGGCCGUCUUCUUGUUUGCCGACGUCUUCACGUUCACAGAGCAGAAGCCCUAUUGCAACACCAGCUGGAUUCUGGCGGUGGGCCCUAACCUGUCAGAGGCUGAGCAGCUGAAUCUGACCCUGCCCAGGGAUGCCAACGGCAGUUUCCGGACGUGCCUCAUGUACUUGCCCGUCACCUGGGAUCUGGAUUCUAUCAUCCAGUUUGGCCUCAACUACACACAGUCGUGCAGCAAUGGGUGGAUCUAUCCUGAGAGCAAGAGGCGAUCAGUGGUCGAUGAGUUUGACCUGGUGUGUAACGAGGAACUUAACCUGGAAGCUGUGCACACCACGAUCCUGGCAGGCCUCCUGAUAGGGUCGCUCAUCUUCGGCUUCAUAAGUGACAAGCUCGGCCGCUACCCCUCCAUAAUGCUGUCCAUCCUGGAGAUGAUCAUCUUCGGCUUUGGGACAGCCUUCGUCAACAGCUUCCACCAGUACCUGUUCUUCCGCUUCGCGGUGUCCCAGGCGCUGGUGGGCUACAGCAUCAGCAGCGUGUCUUUAGCUACUGAGUGGCUGGUGGGUGAGCACCGGGCCCACAGCAUCAUCCUGGAACACUGCUUUUGUUCUUUGGGGAUCAUACUCCUGACUGGACUUGCUUACAGCCUUCCCCACUGGCGGCUGCUGUUUCUGGUGGGUGGGGCACCUGUGUUCUACCUCAUCUGUUAUAGCUGGAUUCUCCCAGAGUCCCCUCGGUGGCUGAUGAUGAAGGGGAAGGUAGAAGAGGCCAAGCAGGUGCUGUGCUACGCAGCUGGUGUAAACAAGAAGACCAUUCCCUUAAGUCUGUUGAACAAGCUACAGGUGCCCGGAAAGAAGGUGACUAAGGCCUCAGUCCUGGACUUCUAUAACAACAGGCAUCUGCGCAAGGUGACCUUGGUGAUGGGCUGUGUGUGGUUUACUGUCGGCCAGAGCUGUUACACGCUGAGCUUGAAGAUGAGGCACUAUGGCUUGAACCUCUACCUCAGCCAGAUAAUCCCUCCCAUGAUGGAGGUGCCCGCCCGGCUGUGCUGCAUCUUUCUGCUUGAGCAGUUCGGGAGGAAGUGGAGCCUGGCUGGGACCCUCUUCCAAGGCACCAUCAUGAACUUGCUUAUCCUUGUAUUCCCCUCAGGGCAGGAUGGCCCCAAACCCAGGUGGUCAUGUUAUCUGGCCACAGAGUUGAAAUCCACGAUGGUCUUGAUUGCCCUGCUUGGACAAUUCAGCCUGGCCGCCUCCAUCACAGUGUUCUUCGUCUACACUGCCGAGCUCCUCCCCACUGUCCUCAGGACGACAGGCCUGGGGCUGGUGACUCUGGCCUGGGGAGCUGGAGCCAUCUUGUCCCUGACACUCAUCAGCCAGAGCCCCAUCUCCAGCUCUUUCUCCUUCAUCUCGGCCAUUUUUUCCCUGUCUCUCUGCUCCCUGCUUCCAGAAACGCUCAAUCAGCCCAUUUCCGAUAACCUGGAGCUCUAUCCCUCGAAGACAAGGGUCAUGAGCGAAGAUCUGAGCGACGAUCUAGCUCAGGCUUUCUCACUGGAUGAUGUGACUGGGGAAGCGGCGAAGAACACCAUUCUCAACACCACGGCGAAUUUGUACCCAGAACUUCACACGACGUCUUCGAAGGCCAAAAAAAAGACCUCACACAGCCAGGAUGACUGA